GGGGCGGGGCCAGCUCGGGUCACGUGACGCCCGGCCCGGAAGCGCUGCAGCUGGAGACCCCCGGGUAACCCGGGCGGGAGCAGUCGGGAGCUGUCGACUCCUGCGAGCCCAGCGAUCCCCACCAUGGCCUGGACCAAGUACCAGCUGUUCCUGGCCGGGCUCAUGCUCGUCACCGGCUCUAUCAACACGCUCUCGGCAAAGUGGGCGGACAACUUCAGAGCUGAGGGCUGUGGUGGGAGCGCGGAGCACAGCUUCCAGCACCCCUUCCUCCAGUCGGUGGGCAUGUUCCUGGGAGAGUUCUCCUGCCUGGCUGCCUUCUACCUGCUCCGGUGCAGAGCCAUGGGGCAGUCAGACUCCAGUGUGGACCCCCAGCAGCCCUUCAACCCCCUUCUUUUCCUGCCCCCAGCCCUCUGUGACAUGACAGGGACCAGCAUCAUGUACGUGGCCCUGAACAUGACCAGUGCCUCCAGCUUCCAGAUGCUCCGAGGCGCAGUGAUCAUAUUCACGGGGCUGUUCUCAGUGGCCUUCCUGGGCCGGAGGCUGGCACUUAGCCAGUGGCUGGGCAUCCUGGCCACCAUCGCGGGGCUAGUAGUCAUAGGCCUGGCUGACCUCCUGAGCAAGCACGACAGUCAGCACAAGCUCAGCGAAGUGAUCACAGGGGACCUGUUGAUCAUCAUGGCCCAGGUCAUCGUCGCCAUCCAGAUGGUGCUAGAGGAGAAGUUCGUCUACAAACACAAUGUGCACCCACUCCGGGCAGUGGGCACAGAGGGCCUCUUUGGCUUCCUGAUCCUGUCGCUGCUCCUGGUGCCCAUGUACUUCAUCCCCGCUGGCUCCUUCAGUGGAAACCCUCGAGGGACCCUGGAGGACGCCCUGGACGCCUUUUGCCAGGUCGGCCGGCAGCCACUCAUUGCCCUGGCGCUGUUGGGCAACAUCAGCAGCAUCGCCUUCUUCAACUUCGCGGGCAUCAGCGUCACCAAGGAACUGAGUGCCACUACCCGCAUGGUGCUAGACAGCUUGCGCACCGUAGUCAUCUGGGCCCUAAGCCUGGCCCUGGGCUGGGAGGACUUUCACCCGCUGCAGAUCCUUGGCUUCUUCAUCCUCCUGAUGGGCACAGCCCUCUACAAUGGGCUGCACCACCCACUGCGGGCCUGCCUGUCCCGGUGCUGGCGCCCCGCCCAGGAGAGCGAGCAUGAGAGACUGCUGGGUGGCGGCCGGACUCCCAUCAAUGAGGCCAGCUGAGCUUCCCUCAGGGUCUCUGCUGCUACCCCAGUACUCCCUCUUCAUCCUGAGGCCACACGACGGAGGGCCUGACAGCCCUGCCCGCUCCCUCUGACCCUGAGGCAGCAGCUGACACGGAAGAAGACGUGACACCUGAAUUCUCUGUUCUCCCCACUGCCUACUAGAGGGUGUGACCCAGUCCCCCCUGCAGCACUAAAGCUAAAUCAUGAACUUCAAUGGCAGGAAUUUACAACCGUAGUAUUUCUGAAUCAUAAACAAGAUUAUUAUGCUAGAUUAUCUAGCUUAUGAGUCAUCCAAAGAAGGGAAGUCAGUGAGCAAGUUCAAACCAGAAGUAAGCACUGUAUUUUCUAAAAUGUGUAAAACACUUCUUCAACCUGCCUGGAGAACUGGUAUCAGCCCAAACUCCUCUGCAGACUCAGUAAGUGCUCCCCCGCCUGUUAGCUCUGCAAAGUGGGUGUCACACCGCAGCCUUCGGUGCCUUCUGGACCCAGCAUCCUGUGGGCCUGUGGUGUAGACCAACCUGAGACAAGAGGAAGAGCCCCUAUAUGCCUCCCCUUCCUGUGCCUGUUCUGAUCUCAUUAGCUCCCCUCCUUCCGGGCAAUUCCAGGCAGCCUCUGAUAAUCGUUUUAAUACUUCAUUUUAAGGAUGAGGAAACGCCAGUGGUGAAAGUUGAUGGUGAGGGAGGAAAACCUGGGGAACCUCAGCCGGACAGCCACGUGACUGCAGCAGAUGGGACCGGAGGCACAACUGCAUCUCAUCCCUGGCCCCGGAAACCUAGAUGUCUGGAGAGGCCCAGGAUGCUGGACUUAACUGGGAUUCAGUUCACUGUGGGAAGGGCCUCUGAUUGAGGCCCACAGGCUGUGUUGGAUUCCAGCAGGUUGGUACUGUGUGUUGAGGAAGGGGCCGCUCCAUUCCCCCAGCUCUCUGGUCCCUGUGUGUCCCACAGAGAAUGAAACAGGCAGCGAGGGUGGUGCAAACAAUGUGGCAGCUGCCUUACCUAAAAAACUGAGGCCUUACACUGUUACUUGAAUUAAAAAAAAAAAGAAAGAAAUGGAAA